AUGGUAUACAAAGCCUAUACUUCGGGCCUCUUGCUAAGCCUUGCUCUAAGUUCUGCCACACAAGCGGAGAAUAUCACCAGUGACAAUUUCUUCUAUGGACAGUCUCCACCAGUCUACCCGUCGCCGGAGGGGACUGGCUCCGGUUCAUGGACCUCAGCUUAUCAGAAAGCUAGACAAUUUGUUGGCAAGCUCACUCCCGAGGAAAAGGUCAAUUUAACAGCAGGAGUCUCGGUUAAGAAUGGGUGUUCCGGCAACAUUGGAGCGGUUGAGCACCUAGGAUUUCCUGGCUUCUGUGUCUCUGACGCUGGCAAUGGGUUGAGAGGAACCGAUUAUGUCAGUAGUUGGCCCAGUGGGAUUCAUGUCGGAGCUAGCUGGAACAAGAAUUUGGCCAACCAACGAGGAAGUCACAUGGGUGCUGAGUUCCGUAGAAAAGGCGUGAAUCUCUUACUUGGACCCGUUGUUGGCCCUCUCGGCCGUGUCGUUGAAAGCGGACGGAACUGGGAAGGGUUUUCGACUGAUCCCUAUCUGACUGGUGCACUUGUGUAUGAGACAAUCACGGGUGUACAGUCGGCAGGAGUGGGAACAUCUACAAAGCACUACAUCGCAAAUGAGCAAGAAACAAACCGGAACCCUGGAAAGAACGCACAAGGUGAAGCUGUGGCGGCGGUAUCUUCCAACAUAGAUGACAAGACUAUGCAUGAACUGUAUCUAUGGCCGUUUCAGGAUGCUGUGCUGGCUGGUAGUGCAUCGAUAAUGUGUUCAUACCAACGGAUCAACAAUUCAUACGGCUGCCAAAACAGCAAGACUCUCAACGGUCUGCUCAAAACCGAACUUGGAUUUCAAGGCUAUGUGAUCACUGACUGGGGUGCUCAGCAUGCUGGCAUUGCAGCAGCCAAUGCGGGUCUGGAUAUGGUGAUGCCUUCUUCAUCGUUGUGGGGAGGUAAUUUAGAAACUGCCAUCGCCAAUGGAUCCAUGAAGGCCUCCAGGUUGGAUGACAUGGUUACUCGUAUCAUGGCAACUUGGUACCAGUUCAAGCAAGACACGGGCAUUCCUAAUCCAGGCAUUGGUAUGCCCUCAGAUGUCAGCGCCCCGCAUAAAAAAGUGAUCGGAAAGUCUGCAGAUUCGAAAGACACUUUGCUUCAGGGAGCCAUUGAAGGACACGUUCUGGUCAAGAACACGAAAAACGCACUACCCUUGAACAAGCCCGGUCUUGUAUCGGUAUUUGGAUAUGACGCCAAAGGGCCGGACUUCUUGGAGGUCUCGCUCGGCUGGACCCAGGGGACUCCUGUGACUCAAAAUAGCACUUUAUACGUUGGAGGAGGCUCGGGUGCCAACUCCGCCGCGUACGUGGAUAGUCCCAUUGAUGCUAUUCAGCGCCAGGCCUACGCCGAUGGUAGCUCUGUCAUGUGGGAUUUCGAUUCUCAGGACCCUGACGUGGAUCCCACUUCGGACGUCUGUCUAGUCUUCGUUAACAGCUACGCCAGUGAAGGCUUUGAUCGUCCUGGACUGAGUGAUGAGUACAGCGACACAUUGAUUACCAACGUGGCGAGCAAGUGUUCCAACACUGUAGUUGUGAUUCACAAUGCGGGUAUUCGUGUUGUCGAUGACUGGAUUGAGAAUGCAAACAUCACCGCAGUCAUAUUCGCUCACUUGCCCGGUCAGGAUUCCGGUCGCGCAGUUGUUGAACUUCUUUACGGCCAGGCCAACCCAUCAGGACGGCUUCCUUACACCGUCGCCAAACAGGCAAGCGAUUACGGAGACUUACUGCAACCCUCUCAGCCGGAAGGGGACUACUGGCAAUACCCACAGUCCGACUUUACGGAGGGGCAAUUCAUUGAUUAUCGCGCAUUCGACUCCCAGGGGAUUGUCCCUCGAUUCGAGUUCGGAUAUGGACUAUCAUAUACCACCUUCAAAUACUCCAGUCUUCAGUUACAGAAGAAGAGUACCCCCUGGUCAACAUACCCAGCCGCAGCUAAGAUUGUGGAAGGUGGCAACCCUCGCCUUUGGGAUGAACUCGUGCACGUCUCUGCUACCGUGCAAAACUCAGGCUCGGUGGAUGGUAGUGAGGUGGCACAGUUGUACGUUGGAAUCCCCAAUGGCCCUGUACGUCAACUGCGCGGAUUCGAAAAGGUGCCUUUACAACGUGGGAAGAGUGCGACAGUCUCUUUCUCGUUGACACGGAGAGAUCUGAGCAGCUGGGAUGUCACGGCGCAGCAGUGGGCUCUUCAGAAGGGGCAGUACAAGAUCUGGGUGGGACAUUCGAGUCGGAACCUGCCACUCGAGAGUACUUUCACAUUCUAA